AUGUUGCUUAAAAAUGCUUUAACUGAUUUAGCUGAUUUCACUGACAAAGUUUGCACGGGACUGAAACUUAGUGAAAUUAUUCUUGAAUUUAGAUCAGGAAACAUUUUGUUUGGAAUUCACAAAAAACGUUAUGUUUUAGUAUACUGCAACAACAAAGUUAAAGGAAUACUUAAAGUUUGUGAUAUUGAACAAUUUCUUGAAAUCGUUGACGAGUUGCCGCCAGAUAAUACUGUGGCUAUUCAUGUAACAUCAGUUCCUGUCGCUUUCUCGAGGAUUACUGUUAAAAAAUGUGCAAGUUUGCCAAACAAUAUUUUAUUCACAAAUAUUCAAGAACUUGAUCGUGUUAUCGAAGGAUACUUUCUAACGAAACAGGACUCUGUUAAGGAUGACAUGCCAGUGCGUGAAAUAAGAUUAUCAAGGGCUAGUCCUAGGCGAAAAAUGCGAUUAAUAUCAUUAUCACCAAAAUUUCCAUGUCCAAUAGUUGGUGAAUACCAAGUGAGAAAAGUACGGACUCCAGGAUCUAUGGCCGCCACGUGA